UGGGCUCAGCAGCUCGUGGUCCUCACCACCGCCCUCGGGACAUCGCAGCCCAGCGGAGCCCAGCGGAGCCGAGCCCAGCGAGCCGCACCAGCCCGCGAUGGAGCGCCAGCAGCCGGACAGCAGGCCCCAGGAUUUGUCAGAGGCCCUGAAGGAAGCCACCAAGGAGGUACACACCCAGGCCGAGAAUGCUGAGUUCAUGAAGAACUUCCAGAAGGGCCAGGUGACCCGACAGGGCUUUAAGCUGGUGAUGGCCUCCCUGUAUCACAUCUACGUGGCCCUGGAGGAGGAGAUCGAGCGCAACAAGGACAACCCCGUCUACACCCCCCUCUACUUCCCGGAAGAGCUGCACCGCCGGGCUGCCCUGGAGCAGGACAUGGCCUUCUGGUACGGGCCGGACUGGGAGAAGGCCGUGCCCUACACGCAGGCCACCAGGCGCUACGUGCGGCGACUCCAUGAGGUGGGGAGCAAGGAGCCCGAGGUGCUGGUGGCCCACGCCUACACCCGCUACCUGGGCGACCUGUCCGGGGGCCAGGUCCUCAAGAAGAUCGCUCAGAAGGCCCUGGACCUGCCCAGCUCCGGCGAGGGCCUGGCCUUCUUCACCUUCCCCAACAUCGAGAGCGCUACCAAGUUCAAGCAGCUCUACCGCUCCCGCAUGAACGCUCUGGAGAUGACCCCCGAGGUCAGGCACAGGGUGAUCGAAGAGGCCAAGACCGCGUUCCUGCUCAACAUUCAACUCUUUGAAGAGUUGCAGGAGCUGCUGACUCGGGACAGCCAGGACCAGGGCGCUUUGCUAGCAUCAGGGCUUCGCCGGCGGCCCGGCAGCAGUGCGCCAGACUCCACUCCCACGGAGACCUCCAGAGGGAAAGCCCAGCUCAGCCUCCUCCCCCAGACGCCUCUGCUGCGAUGGGUCCUCACGCUCAGCUUUCUGGUGGCCACGGUCGCCGUGGGGCUCUAUGCUAUCUGAAUGCCGGGCCUGGUCCCUGCCAUGAACUCUGUCCAGCAGAAGGCGCUCUCUCUGGAGAGGGAGGCUGUCUUGGCUGACUUCCUUACCUCUGACCUGGGAGGCUGUCGGGGCCCCCACCAUCUCCCUAUCCCCCUCUUGCUCAGGAGAGGAAGAAGGGGCCUGUGGCAUGGUCCCCAACUCAGAGCACAUCUAGCUGGGACCUGAGCUUCCAGAGUCCUGCUGGGCCCCUCGGCACCCUGUUCCUGCAGGUAGAGCCCAGAAGACCUGGCCAGAAGUGACCUCUGUCCUGGGCCUCCCCAUGCCCCGGCUCUGUGGUCUCAGUGACACGCCGUGCCCAGGUUCCUGUUGGCCACGGCAACUUUUAUAUAAUUGUGCAAAGAUGUUAUAUCUUGUGUUUUUGUCUUGUUUUUUUUUUUGUGGAGCCACUUUUUGUUCCCGGCUCAGCCUAAACUGUGCUAGUUUGUUGUGUCCUAUUAUGUUUUUAUAGCAGGGUUGGGGUGGGUUUAUGGGGGAGGAGGGAGGGCUUAACAGCUCUGUGGCCUUGGCCUCUAACUUUCAUGUGAAAUAAUAAAUGACAUUGUC